AUGAAGCUCCGCAACAAGGCGGCGGUGCUGCUCCUGUUGGCGCUGGCCGCGCUGCUGCUCGUGUUGCUGUCCUUGCGCGCCGGCCGCGCGGAGCCCCGCAUGCUACCCGCGCGCCCCUCGUCCGCCCCGCGGCGCCACCGCGCGACGGCCGCCCCAGCAAAGGCAGCCCCGGGAACCCAGCGGCGCCGGCGCCUGCGUCCACGUCCUGAAGCCGGCCGCCGGAGCGCGGCGAGCCUGGAGAAGUUGGCGAGGAGACCUGGGGACCUUUCCAGGAGUUUCCAGAAUGUGCUGCCACCCGAGCUCUGGAUCCAGCUGGCCGUAGUGGCCUGCGGCAGUCGGCUGGAAGAGACGCUGGUCAUGCUCAAGUCCGCCGUGCUUUUUAGCCACAGGAAGAUUCUAUUUCACAUCUUCACCGAAGAAGCUCUGAAGCCCGAGUUUGAUAAACAGUUACGAGAGUGGCCUGACUCAUAUACCAAGAAGUUUGAGCACAGGAUCUACCCCAUAACAUUUUCUGUUGGGAAUCCUCAGGAAUGGAAGAAACUAUUCAAACCCUGUGCUGCCCAGAGACUCUUUCUUCCGGUGAUUUUAAAAGAUGUGGACUCACUUCUCUACGUGGACACUGACGUCCUCUUUCUGAGACCGGUCGAUGACAUCUGGAAACUUCUCAGGCACUUUAAUUCCACCCAACUUGCAGCCAUGGCUCCCGAGCAUGAAAUCCCCAAGAUUGGCUGGUACAGUCGCUUUGCUCGACACCCUUUCUAUGGUGCUGCGGGACUCAACUCAGGAGUCAUGUUAAUGAACUUAACACGCAUAAGAAGUACCCAGUUCAAGAACAGCAUGAUGCCGACAGACCUGGCUUGGGAGGACAUGUUGUACCCUCUGUACCAGAAGUACAAGAAUGCCAUCACAUGGGGAGACCAAGAUUUAUUAAAUAUUAUUUUUUAUUUCAAUCCAGAGUGUCUCUAUGUGUUCCCCUGUCAUUGGAACUACCGUCCCGAUCACUGCAUGUAUGGAAGCAACUGCAAAGAGGCUGAGCGUGAAGGUGUAUCUGUUCUGCACGGGAACCGGGGUGUCUACCAUGAGGACAAGCAGCCAACAUUCAGAGCACUCUAUGAAGCAAUACGGGAUUUUCCCUUUCAAGACAAUCUUUUUCAGUCCAUGUAUUACCCUCUUCAGUUGAAGUUUCUGGAGACUGUUCACACUUUAUGUGGACGAAUCCCACAGGUUUUUCUGAAGCAAAUUGAGAAAACAAUGAAAAGAGUUUAUGAGAAACACGUCAUCAUCCGUGUCGGCCCUGACAGGAGGCACUGAAUAUUUCAUGUUGUUUUCCUUUUCCUUUUUGAACUACAAGCAAAUCAUUCAGGCAUCUCGUGGUCAAGGAAACACUGUUCUUUAAGCUGCCUGGAUCUUUUUGUAUGGAUAUUGAAUGAUGCUCUAUUACCAUUGAGCUUAAAAGAUUUUCCUAGAGUUUUCUAAAUCAUUGACCCUAAAAGGGAA